CAAAAAUAUUUUCAUUAUGCUCUGGGUAAUGCUUCGUUUCCACGAAGGCCAUUAAAAAGAAGCUCUGAAAUCUCAGAUUUUCCUUUUCUUUUAAAAAAUUUUCUUUCGUUUUCUCAGCUUCCAAACAGUCUUAGGUGGUGCGACUUUAAAGGGAGCCAAAGUUUAGCGAUUUUGAUCUAACAAGCAAAAAUUAGGCAGUAAAGAAAGGAGGGCCGAGUUAAUUCAGUGAAUCGAAGGGUAAAGUGAUGAUGUCAAGGCAAAAACUAGGCAACAUCAACAUGGAAAAUUUACUCCCUGGCAAAAUCAGGAAACGAGUGUGUUCACCAUCGACAUCAUCUUCAUCAUCCGUUAUCCAAAACUACAGAUUCAAGAGAGCGAUUACUGUAGGUAGCAAAAGGGGUGGAUCCAGUACGCCUGUGCCUACGUGGAAGCUGAUGAUGAGAUCCCCAUUAUCAGUUUCAAAGUUGAGAGCUGCUGAGUCUCCUAAAUAUGCCGGCUCACAAAGUGGGAGUAAAGUGAAAGGGCAAGGGCUGGGGCAGCAGCAGCCGGUUUCGGCGAGGAAACUGGCGGCGACGCUGUGGGAAAUGAAUGAGAUACCGUCACCUAUAAGAAAGGGAAGGAACGAGGAAAGGAGGAGGAAGGAAGGGAGAGAAAGGGGCACUGCCAGGUCCGUUCACUCGGGUUCUUUGCCUCCUCACUUGUCUGAUCCUUCUCAUAGCCCAGUUUCUGAGAGAAUGGAUCGACCUGGAACUGCUAGUCAUCGGAGAAGAGCAUCAUCUGUUUCUCAGAAGCCCAGGUUUAUAGACCACAAUGUUGGGGUGUUGGAUUCUACUAGCAAUGCCAGUUUGAUGGAGAUUGAAUCUAAAUCUCAUGCCCAAACUCCCAAGGGAUCAACUGUUGGCACUAAGACUCGUUUGAAGGAUAUUAGUAAUGCCUUGACGACAUCCAAAGAACUACUGAAAAUUAUCAACCGCAUGUGGGGUCAUGAAGAUCGCCCUUCAUCAAGUAUGCCCCUUAUUGCUGCCUUACAUUCUGAGUUAGAAAGGGCUCGUCUGCAAGUAAAUCAACUCAUACAAGAGCAGCGUUCGGACCAGCAGGAAAUUAAUUAUUUGAUGAAGUGCUUUGCUCAAGAAAAGGCAGCGUGGAAAAACAAAGAACAAAAAGUUGUCGAGGCUGCUAUUGAGUCAGUUGCAGGGGAACUUGACGUGGAGAGAAAGCUUCGGAUACGUUUUGAAAGUUUAAACAAGAAGCUCGGGAAAGAACUAGCUGAGACAAAGACAUCUCUUCUGAAAUCAGUGAAAGAACUCGAGAAUGAGAAAAGGACGAGGGAGGUAAUGGAGCAAGUAUGUGAUGAAUUAGCCAGGGAUAUCAGUGAAGAUAAAGCUGAAAUGGAAGAGCUGAAGAGAGAGUCUGUGAAAGUUCAUGAAGAGGUAGAAAAGGAAAGGGAGAUAACACAGUUAGCUGAUGUGGUGCGUGAUCAGAGAGUUCGAACAAAGCUGUCAGGUGGCAAAUAUCAUCUUGAGAAGAAAAAUGCAGCUGUUGAUAAACUGAGGAACCAACUUGAAGCUUUUCUAGGUAAAAAAAGAGUAAAAGAAACAGGGCGUCAUUCUGUAAGUGAACCUAAAAGUGAGGAUAUUGCUGCCUAUUUAAACAGAGCCCAUUUUGGUUUCCAUCCAAGUGAGGAAAAUGAUGACAAUGGAGAAGUUGAAGAUGGUGUAGAAUGCGAAGAAGACUCAGCCGAAAGUGAUCUUCAUUCCAUAGAAAUAAAUACGGACAACAAUAGCAAGAACUACAAGUGGGCAUAUGCUCCUGCUGCUGUUCACGAUUCAAGAGACCCUCUAAUAAAUGAAGCAAACAUCACAGGUAGAAAGUCUACCUCCAGCAGAUUACCAAAGAGAAGUACUUCACUACAAAGGAGCAUAUCAGAUGGAGUUGAAUGGGGCAUGCAAAAUGAAAUGGUUCGGAAUUUUGAUAACGAUUCAGAGGGGGGUAGAUUUGCUGAACUGGAAAAGCAAGCUGAAGAAAAAGGUUAUGGAGAUGAAAUGCAUGGAUAUAAAGCUGUAAAAGGUCUUAGGGAACACCUUUUAUCUGGUUCUAGAGCAAGUAGAGCUUAUGCUAGUUCAACACGCGCUUCAAGAGAUCUCGACAAUGUAGCUCAAGAGAGGCCACCAUUGGUGCCUGGUAGUGGUUUGCAGUCAAGGGUAGCAGAAUUCAGAGGUGAAGCCAGUAAUGAUAGAAAAUCAAGACGUUGAGAAACACAAUUUUGUUGACUAUGCUCUUCUAACUGUUCUCAGCCUCCUUUUGACUUGCCAAUUGAAUUCUGGAAGAGUGAUCAAGCUUGUGUGAUGCCCUGCUGUAACAGGAUUUGGAUGGAAACAAGUUUCACUUUUUUUUUGUUGGUUAGUGCUUUGUGUGAUGCCUCUAGAGGGUGCUCAAAUUGCAAUGAUCGCUGCUUGAUAUGUUGCACCUGUUUGUGGACCAUGGUUAGGAUUGUUUGUCUUUUGUAGAGCAAUUUAUUUUUCUUUUUCUUUUUUCAAGGAAACUGUUGUAAUUGAACCAGUUUGAUCUUGUACUAUAACUUAAAUGUAAAGUAUGCUGGAAGUGUUGAAACUUUAUCUGUCAUCUUCUCCUC